UCGUGUGUUACGGAAACUUAUAUACAUCAUGAAAACUCCCAAGUUUUAAACACAGCUUUUGCAUUGAUUGCUUUAAUGGCAGGUAAAUACCCAAAUGAAGGGCCUAUUCGACGCGGUAUCCAGCUUAUUGUAUCACGACAAUUGACAACUGGAGAAUGGAAAGCAGAAUAUGUAACAGGAAUAAUUAACAAUAUGACGGUUACUUUUUCAGCAUAUAAAUUUAUUUUUCCUAUUUGGGCAUUAGGCAU